AAAAGAGAAGCGGGCUUAGAGAAUACUUUAUUGAAAAAAAAUUUUAAAGGAAAAAAAUAACUUGCUCGCGCACAAAGGAUAGAUGCAGCGGUGCGUUGCACUCCCCUUUAUUGUCAUUUGAUGCCAAAAAUAGAGUUUUUUAUAGAUGUGUCAGUGUUAUAUAUCUGUAUAAUAAACACCUAUAUACAUACAUACAAGACAAGAGAAAUGUCUCUCAUUAGCAUCAAAAUUAGCGAUUAUUUCUACCAUUUACAAAAUAGCAUAACAUUUACUUUCUUUUUUCUUCGCCGCAUAUGGAUACGAGAAAUACGUAGAAAAAUCAUAAGCGCAACUUGCCUUUUAGAGACGAUAUCAAACAUUUGGAAAGGGAAAUGUUUAGCAAAGACUAGAUUUAGUUUAUGCAGUGGUUAUCUACAAAAUGGGCUUUUUAUAUAAACAAAAUAUUUAUAAAUAUAUAUAGAAAUUUCUAGUCGUUAUGCAGAUCAUGCUUUUAAGGAUUUUCCCCAACUAUUAAAAAAGGUUUUUUGUCAAUUUUUUUUUUUUUUGGUUUAUGUCCGGGGAUCGAUUAUACUUCUGUAGAGAUAGAGAAUAUGUUUCUGAAUAACACGCAGUUUGCGCGUCAAAUGAACAAGUGCUCCAUGAUUAUUAAUUUCUUUUUUUUUGGAAUAAUUUUUAAAAAAUACGCAAUACUUUCCGUGUAUCUAUAUUUUAUAGGUUUUUUUUUCGGAUUAUAAUUAAGAGUCAAUGCUCUCGAGGAUUUCGAUAUAAAUGUAAUAAUAAAAAAAAAAAAAAGAGAAAAUGGUUAAUUAUAACUUUUCCAUCUAUCGACUGUAAUAAUAAACGUUUUGAAGUAAAAAUUUCUUUACUUCUUGCUUUCAAUAAAUUUCGAAAUUGUGCUUUAACGCCAACAUAUUGAUCGUUUUAUAUGAUGAGUGCUUCGACUACUUCGUACACUUUUAAUCGUGUCCCAUGUGUCCCAUCUUUGGAUACUAUACAAAAAUCUUUGCUCUACCAUAGUACCAAUAAUAACAAUAAUCACAAUAAUAAUAACAACAACAACAAUAUUGUUACUUCUGCCACUUAUUAUCACUUUCCGCAAGAUAUAAAUACCGAUUAUGCUCUACUAUCGCAGCCUAAAACCACGUUAACCUCUGAGGAGACAUUACUGCUAGAGAAAGCGUUACGAACACAUCACCAUAAUGGUCGCUCCAAUAUGGGUAUAUUAAUGCAUAAGAGCAAUAGUUACAGCGGUGGCAUCAUUAAGCCCAAAUCCACUAUUCUAAAACAGGACAGUAUUAAUGGUCGUGUUAAUACCAGUCUUACUACAGACAGUGUCAGCGAAUAUAGUGGAAUGGUUUUAAUGCCAAAAACAAGUUGCUCAACACCAGGUGCAUGUACGAAUAUAUUAACGCUGAAUAGUCAAUGUUUGAAUGAAACUUCCAGCGAAUGUGAUGCGUUCCUGAUGGAUUCCAAUACCAAAGAAGUGACAAUUGUCAAAUGUGCGAAUAAUCGUCGUUUGACUCGUUCCUCUAGUAAAUCGCGUCUGUCGAUAUGUUAUCGUGCACAUAACUUUAUAUCACGCAACUCUUACAUUAGCUAUUUAGUGCCACUAUCGAUACUAUUCGCUCUCAUGUUUGUGGCUUAUCUUACCCGUGACUAUGCCAAACGUUUACUCUAUUGGAUUGAAACACAAAAUCAUUGGAUUAUUUUUGCCAUUUUUAUGCUAUUAUUUGUGAUCGUCAGCUUCCCAAUUGUUGUCGGUUAUUUUGUAUUAAUGAUCACGGCCGGUUACUUAUUCGGUUGCAUUAAGGGCUUCCUAACUGUGAUAUUGGGUGCUAACAUGGGAAUAGCUAUUGCUCACCUAACAUUAAGAAGUCUGCGACAUCGUAUACCAAUACAAAGAUUAAUUAAAAAUGAGACUGGCCGGGCGAUCCUGCGUGUUAUAUCUGGACCUAGGGCAUUUCGAGUGGUAUUAUUUACCAGGCUAACACCGAUACCGUUUGGUAUACAAAACGCUAUAUUCGGAAUUAGCUCUAUAAAUCCGCGAGUAUAUCAUACUGCAACGUUUCUAGGCUUACUUCCCGCUCAAAUGAUUAACGUUUAUUUGGGUUCUACCUUAAGGUCAAUGCACGAAGUUCUUAGUAAUCACGGCACUGCCAUAACUGGUUAUAUUAGCUUUGGCGUUGAGGUGAUUUGCGGUGUAGUUUUAAUGUGUUGGGUCGUGCAUAAGGCCCGUAAAGAAUUGUCGCAAACUUUACUCACGGAUAUCAGUAAUGAUGGUAAAUUAAUUGACAUACAAGUGUAGCGAAACGAUCAAGUGAAACGGCUUAAACGAAAAGAAACUAACUAUACACAGGUGGCUUUUAAAAAAAAAACUCACAAAAAAAUGUUUUUUUUUUUAUUUUUAUUUUUAUAAAUUUAGGUAAAUAACAUAAAAAGCCUCUCGUCAGGGCACUAAAGAGAUGCGUGCGUGUGCAUGCGUGAGUGCAUGUCUGCUGUGUGUUUGUGUGUAUGUGUAUAUGUGUGCAUGUGCGUGUGUAUGGCUAUGUAAGUUUGCACGUGUGUCUACGCUUUUAUUAAACAAAAUUAUUGUUAAAAAUAAAUUAAUUAUAUGCUAAGCUAAAUUAUUAAUGUGUAAAAUGUAUAAUUUUUUUGAAAACACUUUACAGAACCUACGUUAUUUUUGAAAUAUUUAUUUAUUAUUUA